AUGUUUAACCUUGGAAGUAUCACUAAUGAAAUCUUAAAUGGAUCGAUUACUUUAUUUGAACCAACAACAGCACAAAAAUCAAUUCCCCCAAGUACUGCUGCUGUUUUGUCAUCGAGAGCGUCAACACUUUCAAGACAACAGAAACGACGUUUGCCAGCAACACCAUCCGAAGUUUCAUCGAACACAAUAGAAAGUGAGCAUCUACCUCCUAUAGUGCCCCCUCCAGCUAGAGUAUUUCGGCAUAAUUCAAACAACGACUUGAAUUCUAUACGUCGUUCCUUGUUGAAUAGUAAGCCUUCUUCAACUGUUCCAAAAAAAUAUAUUACCAAAACGAUGAGUACUACAACAACAAUGAAAAAAACAAUUAAUGGUGGCCCUGUUAACUUGAAUGGAAAAUCAUCUCAAAUCACAAGAACAGCGUCAAGUGAGAGCAAUCAAAGGAUUCGUAAAUUAUGGUGGUCACCUAAACGAAACGAAGUUCAUAUACGUUCUCAAGAUGGAAAAUAUAAACAUGUAACAUCGAAAGUUGGUUCAUUAGCUAAUAUUCAAUAUCAACCUGGUGGCGGUCAAAUAUCAAUCAGAGACGAAGCUGUACAAUGGAAUGCAUCAUCAAAAAUCAAUUCACUUGUCAACGCUAGUUGGUCUCCACCAACGCCCCAAGUUACUGUGCGAACAGAAAAACUAAAAUGGGAUGUUCAACCUAAAAUUGGUUCACUAGAUAAUGUCGAUUAUAAACCAGCUGGCGGUAAUGUAGAAAUUCGCGAUGAAAAACUUGAUUUAACUCAUGUAGUACCACGUGUCGAUUGUGGCUUUAUUGAAUAA